CUUGGGCCGCAGCCCAGGCGGGUCCCCGACGGGCGUGGCAGGGUCGGAGCCUGGACCGCUGGGCCAGCAUCCCCGCGGGGAGCCCAAGCAGCAGGGCUUCUCGGGGUCCUGGGGCUGCCUCUAAAACUUAACCCUAACCGCGGCCUUCCUGGGCAGGCUUCCUGCGGUUGUGGGGAUCUGAGAAAGAGCACCCAGGGGUUUAAGAUCCUGGGACGCAGGGCAGCGCAGGCGUGAGGACACGUCGGAGGCUGCUGAGCACUCGGGGAGCCAGGAUCGCGGCGCGGGGAGGCGGUCACGUCCAGCGCUGGCGGGCGGGGUGCGGGCACCGCAGUUAUUUCGGGACGCGCCGUGGUUUGCAGCAUUUCCAGCCACUCUCCUCCAGUGCUGUGUGUUCCUGGGCCCAAUUCAGGAACGAAAAUGCCUGCUCUUCACAUCGAAGAUUUGCCAGAGAAGGAAAAGCUGAAGAUGGAAGUCGAGCAACUUCGCAAAGAAGUGAAGUUGCAGAGACAGCAGGUGUCUAAAUGUUCUGAAGAAAUAAAGAACUACAUCGAAGAACGUUCGGGAGAGGAUCCUCUGGUGAAAGGAAUUCCAGAAGACAAGAAUCCCUUUAAAGAAAAAGGCAGCUGCAUUAUUUCAUAAAUAACUCUGGGGAGAAAUGUUAUCCUCAGUGGAAGAACAAGUUUGUUUUAGUUUUUCCAAAUAAAACCAACCUGCCUUUUAAAGAAGGAAACAUUUAAAGGAGAUUUUCUUAAGCACUUACUACAGAUAGUCUUCAAUGUAAAAGCACUGUGCUUCUCCUCUUUGCUCACAACACACCCUUUUUAUGAGACCAGAGAGUAUCACAUGUACAGUUAUGGAAAUAAGUCCAUUACUUGUGUAUGACUUGUCUUUAUGUUGCUUGAUGCCGCAAAUAAAGUUUUAUCU